AUGCGAGCCCCCUUUCCGACUCGCGAGAUGCUUGAGAUGGACGACCGUGCCCGUGGCGACCUACCUCCUCGACCUAGGUACGAGAUCACUGGUUCCGCUAGGCCCCCGCAACGGCCCCAAGAGCGGAACGACGCGCCCCCGCCAUACUCACACAACGAUGCGCUCGGCCAACUUCCGGUUAUGCCCGUCUUCCCUGUUCUUCCCUCUGGCAUUCAAGCUCAUUCUGUCCGGGCCGGCCCGUCCCGUCCAGACACCCUGUCGCCGCCUCCCUAUCCUGUUCUCUCACAGCUCGAGCGCGGCAUUCGCGACGCCUACAGCUUCUUCGACCGCGCCUACGAUCCCGUUGUCAGGAGCGAACUCCGCUUGAAGGUUCAGGUCGCAGAACUGGAGGCCAAGGUCAUCGAGAUGCAGGCCAGAAUUGAUACCCACGAUGUCCAGCAGCGGGUGAGGGCGCGCAGCCUCGAGGUCGCUGAGGCAGGCCGCCUCCAGGCGGAGGAAGGUCGCGUCGCUGCAGAGGCGAAGCUCCGUACCCUUGAAGCGCGCCGUUGCGCAGCUGGAUCUGGGCUCUGCGAAAGCUGCCAGAAGGGACGCGAGUCCCCUGUAGAGCUGACCCUCAAUAACGAAUUCCAACGCCGUGCCGAGCUGUCGACGAACCGGAAUAUGCUGCCUUGGGCUGCUGAGCUUAACGAGAUUCUGGGGAUCGAUGUCGUUGACGGCCCUCCCAGCCCCAUGGAGACCAGUGAAGCAGGCCCCAGCCGCCAGGCCUCCUCUGACGAGAGGGCCUGA